CUGGUUACAAUGGUGCAGAUCAAAUUCCUGUUCGCCAUCCUCGCUGUGAUGACAAUUGUUAUCCUAACUGCCAAUACCGCUGAAUCAAAGGAUUGUCUUUCUGGAGCAUUUAAAGGACCUUGUUUCGCUUGGAGUAGGGAACGCUGCAGGCGAAUUUGCAUGGAGUCAGGAAGACCCAGUGGACAUUGCAGUUCCAGCAUGAAGUGUUGGUGCGAACAAUGUUAG